AUGUCCCGCCCUCAAACUCCCCUUGGUCUGUCACCAAGAGGUUCCUACGUCAACUUGGCAGCAGCAGCAGCGGAUCAAUCACCCCUCCGAACCGUAGAUGAAAAAGGUAGGAUCAAAGCUGAAGCUGAAGUACAUGCAGCAUUGAUGAAAGCUGCCGAUGGGGCUGAAAGGGCGAAGAAAGAAGAAGUUGGGGUUCCUGCUAGUUCUCCAGUCUGGCCGAUAUUGAGUUAUUGCGUAGCUAGUAUCAUGAUGACUGUCACGAAUAAAUUUGUAGUUUCAGGAAGUCAAUUCACCAUGACGUUCUUGCUUCUUACUGUCCAAUCAGCCGUAUGCGUAGCUUGUGUCUACACUGCCAAACGCACGGGUCUGAUCGCUUUCCGCGAUUUCGACAUGACAGAUGCUAAGGCUUGGUUCCCAGUGUCAUUCUUGCUAGUGGCUGUCAUUUAUACAGGGUCGAAAUCUCUCCAAUUCCUCUCUAUCCCAGUGUACACGAUCUUCAAGAACAUGACUAUCAUACUUAUCGCCGCGGGAGAGACGGUCUUAUUCGGCGGAUCUAUCACUGGUCUAACUAUCGUUUCUUUCCUACUCAUGAUUGGAUCCUCCAUCAUCGCCGCCUGGUCUGACAUUUCUACCACUCUUACGCGAUUAUCAGCUGGGAUGGCAGUGGUCGAUCCUACAUCUGGAGCGGACGUACCUCUGCCUUCUGGCGUCAUGAGUAAAUUAGGAGCUGGUUAUUUAUGGAUGUUGAUCAAUUGUCUUGCUUCUGCAGCGUAUGUUCUGUUCAUGCGCAAACGUAUCAAAGUCACCGGAUUCAAAGAUUGGGAUUCAAUGUUUUACAAUAACCUUUUGUCCAUCCCUGUCCUCCUCAUAUGCUCUCUUUUGGUAGAGGAUUGGGGUGCGGCUAGUUUUGCUCGAAAUUUCCCAGAGACUGGUCGAACUUUCCUGUUAUUCGCCAUCGCUUGUAGUGGUGCGGUAGCAGUGUUCAUUUCGUAUUCUACUGCUUGGUGCGUCAGGACAUGUGGGAGUACUACGUAUAGUAUGGUUGGAGCUUUGAACAAAUUACCCGUAGCAGCAUCCGGCAUUUUAUUCUUUGGUGAUCCCGCCAACCUCGGGAACGUCUCAGCCAUCGCAGUGGGCGGGUUCGCGGGGAUCGUUUACGCUGUGGCAAAGACCAACCAAGCUAGAGUUGAGAAAGCUCGUGUGGCUCGUGCGGGAGGUGAUAAGGCGUGA